AUGCCCAUCAAGUCCAACAGACCUAAACUCGUCAAGACACGCAGCUCCGACAACUCGCUUUUGCAAUCUCAACUCGACGACUACAGCGAAUUGAAUUGCUCUCGAACAUCGGUCAGUGAUCUCAGGAGUGCCCAACGGCCUGCCUUCCUGCGUCAGCCCAGCGGCACAUUCGAGGAAGACGUCGGCACUGCUGCCGAUAUGACCCCUUUCAACAAACGCCUGACCAGGACGGCAUCGGCUUCGGCUCUUGACCAGGAAUUCGGUGCUUCUCCCACUUCAGUCAACAGCAUCGAUUUCAUCCGAACCAUGAGUGGCUCCAGUCUCGAAAGCAGCCGAUCACCGCCGCCCGUGCCCGAUCUACUUAAAAGCACCAAGCUCGACCUCGAGCAAGCUAUCAAUCUGCUGCAGGAGUUGAAGAAGACAGCCAGCCCGGAGGAACUUGUCUCGCUUCAUCGAGCACUUCUCCCAACCAGGGAUGCGUCGCCAGGAGCUGUCCCACAACUGUCUUCCAUUGGGGAGCAUGUCGCCUACUCAACCUCGGCUGCACCACGAGAUCGUGUUCGAUCUGCCAUUCCACCCGGCCUCGCCACUCGCAGCGGCAUGUCUGGCGAUCCUUUGAGGUCCCAGGAAGAUGUGGCCAAGAUGACUGAAGCCUCGAAGGAGAAGAAAGGAGCCUGGUUCAGUGACACUCGCGCACUCGCAUCAGUCCGAACGAGAGCGCGGACACUGUCGAUGAUCAGCACAGGAACAGCACCCGAUACUACCACCGUCCACAACGGCGCAUUUGGUCCUGGUACUUUACGCAUCACGAAUGGCAGUGCGUCGCCCGAGCCAGGUAUCAUUACAAAGCUCGUCGCGGAGAAAGAAGGAGAGGUGGCAAGGAUCCAGGACGUCACAGAUGAGGAUGAUGCCGAAGUCGUCAAGAAAGACACUCCUGUCCAGCAGCCGAAUCUCACACCCUCCCGCCGUCUCAGUCUCGAUGUGCAAUUUGGCCAGGGUAGUCUCGAUUCUGCGAGGACCAACCCACCUGCAACUCUUGCUGAGCGCAGACAGAAGCAGUGGGGUAUGCGCAUCACGACUGCACCAGUAGGAACAACUAGCAUCCCGAUGCCUCAAUCAUCAAGCGCAAAGGUCAAGCCUGAUGACCGAGUGGAACUGCGGUCCCAGAGACAUACCAAACGACGAACAGUUGGGCACUCUGCUGACCUCAGUAUCACAACUGAUCUCCCUCGAUUCGGCCAGCGAUGGGCACACCGCGCUGCUCAUCUCUCGAAUGAAUACAUGCUGGAUUGUGACAUCACGUCUAGCCCAUAUGACGAGGAACUCGAUCCCACCAAGCGUCUGAGUACGGUCCAUGACAUCGACGAGGAGAAACGAGACUCUGGAACGGAUGCCUGUGUCCAGGCACUGCUCAAGUUGACCGGACGCUCCGACAUCACGACCGAUGGCAGCGAUGCAGACGAGGUCCCGAGCGGUACGGCUAUUUCAAGUGAUGAGAGCAAGUCAAGUGGCGUCUCGCAUUUGGACCCGCGCUUUAGAGUCCCUUACAAGCAGGACAGUGGAUACUGUUCUGAAGCCUCCAACUGCAGCUCGCCGCCCCAAUUGGGUGUGUUUAACAGCUCGUUUCUCGGAAAGGAGCUUGAGCCCACGCCAGAGCAGCCAGCUGAACUCGAGUCUCUUGCUCCCUCCCGCGCUGCCACCAUCAAGGCAGAAAUGCCACGGACCAAGGACGCUGUGGACAGCGAUGUUGCAGGUCUCAUCAACAUGCACGAGCAGCUGAGUGCCACGUCUUCGCUCACAGCUACGCCAUCGCCUCGUCCCGAAAUUAUCAAGCUGAAUGAGCCACCCCAGAAGAAAAGCUUCUCGCCGCUCGCACUCUUCAAAUCCAGGAACAGAGCAAGUAAGCGGGCAAGUCUUGCGCCUGCUGAAGUGAAGAGCACUGAGAAGUCCGAUCGUGAUCGUGUCAUUGCAACGGCAACUGCUAUGCAGACGCCGUCAGGCGAUUACGCUGCAAGUCGUCAGUCAAUGGACGGCAAGAGAAGAUUGCAGAAACGUAUGCCGGAAGCGGUGCGUGAGGUCCGAAUGCGCCAGUCAAUGGAUAUUGCUUCUCAAGCACGCAGCAUGGAGUCGCCAGCAAGUUCGCCUCCAGUUCCCACGCUGCACUUGGGAUCGAGCACAAAUACCAAGUCUGGAAAGACUGUCUUCCACAGUGUACCUCCUAGCGUGAGUGCCUCUGACGCCGACGAUGAAUCCAAGAGCACUGCUUCCACCGCUACAGAGAGGACCUCCAGUAGCUGGAGACGUCGAAGCAAAAGCUUUGCACGCAAGCGCAGUCACAGCACUCUCCAAGAGCCGAAGGCCGAAGAGUCUCCCGCGCCAUCUCUGCCUGCAACGCCUCAGCCUUCUACACCUGAACGCCGACGAAACAGAAGUAUCGCAAGCUUCGGACUCAGCUCAAAAAGACAAAGUGUUGAUACCGCUGGCGUCAGCUGCACGAGAAGUGCCGGUUCGACCGAAUCGACGCACAAAGACUUCAGCUCUGUCGCUCGUGCUUUGGAUCCGGCUUCACAUGAGGAAGCCAAGGAGAGCAGACUCAGUGCCGCACUACCGAAGGCCAUAUCGAAAGUCAAGUCUUCAAAGAACCUCAGGGCUCGGGCGACGAUAAAUCUGGCCGAAUCCAAGGCCAAAGACAGCAAUACCAUGCCUGACAAGAAGACUCGAGCAGACAUCGCCCCAGUCUUACCAAUGCCUCACAUAAGCAGCUAUCAGCGCACAGUGGAGGACCUUUUCCCAGAAUGGCAAGGCAAGCCAGCUUCGAAGGACUCCUCUCCGGCGGCGGCGGCCAUGGAAGCUCAACUACUCCAAGCUUUCCCAUACGCCGGUGCCUCUAAGAAUGCAUCCAGCUGUAUCCCACCUCUACCUGAGCUUCCAGCCGACAUGGACCUCAGAGUCUCAAGAGCAGAGGAAAUGGUUGCGAAAAAGUUGAGACUGAGUCCCAAGCCAUCUCCAUCUCCUUUAGCUCGCACCAGCGUCGACUCUGCCCAGGCUCGGAAGCAAGCAGUAGUGAAGCAGAUUCCGAAGCCAAAGCCAGAAGCACCGAAGUUGGCUGUUGAGUCGAAGCCACGUGCCGAUGACGAGGACUUGUUUGAAGCCGAAAGCAUCAAAGACGAACCGGCUGGAAACAGUGAAGGCGCUCACCCGAGAUUCAGCUUCGAAGAAAUCCCAAAGCCCGGGAUCUAUUUGCCAUAUCGCCCGGCAAACACAGACGCUCCGAGAUCGUCCUCUCCAACUCAGGAUGCAAAAUAUUCGGGAUGGCCUGGCUGGGAGACACAAUCUAAACUGUGGCAGCAAAAGACAACUGCGAUGGAGAGUACAACCACUCUGACUUCAGUCGGCACAGCCAGGCCGUUUGAAGAGAAGAUUCCCGUAGUGUCGGAGAGCGAGACUGGUAACGAGUCCGACGCGCCCGCCAUCGUCGUCUCGCGAUACAUCACGCCUCUCACUUCGGAGAGUGCUAGCCGAGCCAAGUCUCGUGAUCGCAAGAACAGUGCUCCGAGCGCAAUCCAAUCAACAUCAGACCUCCUGGAAGACACGAAGGACGCCAAGUCCGUCGACGCGAAUUUGAUGCGCACCAACAGCAUGGUGUCGACGGCCACUUUUGUGACAAUGUGGUCUUCGGAUGAACGACCAUCAAAGGUUGACGUCGGUCGUUCAAGUUCUGCUUUCUCGUCCACUACCACGACAACAACGGUCUCUACAGUCUCAUCACGCACCUCGUAUGCCACGAGCAACAGCUCAAGCACGUCCUUGUCCCAGAACGCCCAAGGCACAAAUAGAGGCUCAUCCCAGGCCGGUAACUACCUGCCUUACAGGCCUACAGACUCUGUCGUCGCGGAGCGAUCUCGUGCUCUGAACAAAGCACGCCGCUCAUGUAACAUCAGGACAGAAGAGUUGGCGCAUCUCGGACUUGUGGAGGAGGAACCACCACUCCCCAGCCGCAGUACAGACGUGCCUGACCGAUUCAGCGGUGGACUCGGCUAUGGCUGGGACCGCGAAACUGGUUUCAUUGCCAGUGCCGGCUCUCGCAACGGUUCCACUGAGACGGUCAACCGCAAGAGCGUCAAAACAAGCGAGACCUACGGGCUCGAUCUGACUGAUAUUCCCAUCUUCCUUCAACGCAGGCCGAAUUGAAAGAAUAAUGUCUUUGUGUGGUAACAACAGCGUUACGAAUUUCCUGGUGUUGGCGGCACAGCGACGAAGGAAGCAAUGUAUAAUCAUAAACUUGAGAGAAAAAAACAAAGUUAUAAUUAUAUACAUACAAUGCAGUAUUUGUAAUGUUC